CACCCAAUGUUUACUUCAAUGAAAUAUAUUUAAUGUGUUUUAAUGUUGAAAUUACCUUAUUUUCUCCUUAGGAAUAAAAACGUUCUUCUUUCGGAGCAUGAGGCAUAUCACCUAAAAGAAACGCAACAGCUUGAUCAGCGACAGAAAAAUGUCUUGAGGGAUAAUAUUCUGGGAAGUGAAUCACACCUAAGACGGCAAAGGAAUCGCGGCAAUUAUCCCGUAAUAAGGGACAGGUCCAAGAUAACAGUGAUUAAAGACGUCCAGCACCACCGGACCAAGCCGCACAAAAAUGUCGGUUCGCUGACCAAGGCAUGGUUUGUACACAACAUACUUCAUCUUGCUCUGUCUACUUGGUGUUCAAACUAUGUAUUUCCUCCCUGCGGUAAGGGACUUCUCCUGACUCUUUUAGUUAUCUUUGGGUUACAUAAGAGGACUCCAACACAGUUUAACCUUUGAAGAUAAGACUUGUUUACUCAUUGUUUGGUGCGGUGUUUGUCUCAAGCAUUCAGAAAAGGGAUUUCCGAAAAUAGUCUCUUGGAGUCUUAAAAACC